AUGAAAGUUCAUCCCUACUCUGAAAGUCCCAGAUACGUGUAUAAGAUGGUCCUACUUAACAUGCGUGUGUUCCUGGGGCAGCACUCUCUUCUCCUUGUGCUACUGACCACCAUUGCUCUCAGUGCAGCAACUGUAGUAGCACUAACCCAAGAGGAUGUCUGCAAAAAGGAUGUUUAUCCUCCUCUGUGGCAUCAGGCUCCAGGAAGCAUAGAGGAUUUCCCAGUACAUGGCAACAAAAUCAUCAUCAGUGCCUGGAACUAUCUAGAGAGACUGGGAGUGUAUAAGAUCUUGCUCAACUAUUCAGCUAAAUAUUUCAUCACAUCUGGAUCAAAUAUCCUAUGGGGCUUGCCUCUUCAGCUUGGCUGGCAAUAUCAAACAGGCAGGCUAGCAGAUCCUUCCAAUGUUACCACCUGCAGCCAUGGGGCUGGACAGCAUCUGUGCAUCUCUGUACGAAGCUGGUGGGCCUCUGUGAAUUACUAUCUGAGUAUUAUACCAUUUCUGGGUGCCAUGGAAGCUGGUUUCUUUGGACAGUUGCAACAUGAGAUAAAAAUAUUACCACCAGAAGAGCUAAGAGCAGACUUCUGCUACAGCACUGCCGACUGCCAUUCCCACAUUCCAAAAGUCAUGGAUGCAUGGAAGGCUUAUUUUGAGUAUCUAUUAUCCACUGAACGGAAAUCUGAAAGGCCCACAGCAUCUUCCUUCUCAACAGAAAAAAAUGAAACAUUGCAUUACUUAUGGGAAGCGCAUGUAGCAUCCAUUUCUUAUGCAGUUCCAAAGUUCAGAAACAGCUUAAAAUAUAUGUCUGGCCCUGAAGCAAGUUUUGGGGAGAAUUGGGCUAAUGCUGUGGAUUUCAUUGCGACUACACGUUUUUCUGCAGAUCUACAGAACACAAACUAUUUCCAGGCUUUCUUACCACCGCGGAUGCUUUCUGAACAUGAUCAAGCCCCAUUCAUUAGUGACUUCAGUCCAGCGCAAAACCAAGUCUUGCUUUCAUUAUGUGUUCUUCACAAAACAAAUGAAUUGACAGGUGGAGCCUUGCUGCUGCUGUGGAGAAUGAUUAUGUCUACUGAAGCAGGAAGGGCAAUGAUACAGAGUCUAAUUGAAAACUUGGUUACAUGCCCUGGAGUUUGA